AUGGCUGCUAGGAAGGGUCAGCAGCAGUCUGGUCUGUCCUCAGCCUAUGAACUGACCAAGAGCGAUCUUUGCAGAGGCAUACCACAGCAGCAAGCGCGACCUCGUACACCUCCAAAGUCGUCAUCUACCCAAUCGCAGCAUGUCUCCCCAUCUUCUCAUCGAUCAGGGACAUGGGUCACGUCUCCCCGUACCUCAUACUCUGGCCUUGUGAAUCGAGGAGUCGACUUAUGGUACCCCGACUCGGCAGAUGGGGCGAGUGACAAUACUGACGAGGGUGAUGAGGAGGAUAUUGUUUACGACGAUGAUGAGGACGAAUUUGGUCUUCCCAGCAUUGCGAGUAUGCGGAAAAAACAGACCAAAAAUGCCAUGAAAUCUCAGCUCAAAACAUCUGAUUUGGGUAGCGCUGUGCGUGCCAACAGUUCAACGUUGGGAGUCAACUUGGCGAACAGUAGACAACGUGCAAACAGUUCGGAUAUCGCCGAGGAGCGCGGAGUGUCUAUGUAUCCAACGACGAGAAAGAGUGAGGGUAAAAUCCUACGGCCCCAAUACAAAGACAUCCUAAGAGAUCCUGCGAACGCUUUAAAUCUGAUUGAUCAUGCACCGCCGCCGAAGAAUGGGUCGCCAAAGGAGGUGGAAAUAUACUCGAGCAGAAUCUCAAGAAUCAACAAAUUCAAACGUCUACUUCAGACUAGCACCGUUUCCUUAUCAGAGUUGAGAAAUCUGGCAUGGUCUGGCAUCCCUGCGGAAGUUCGCGCCAUGACUUGGCAAAUCCUGCUCGGCUAUCUUCCGACGAACAGUGAACGGCGGGUUUCUACACUAGAGAGAAAGCGCAAGGAAUAUCUCGACGGAGUCCGACAGGCUUUCGAACGCAGCACUACCCCGUCUCCCGGCAAUCCACCAGCUUCCUCCACAGGUCGCGGCAGAGGCCUGGAUGAAGCGAUAUGGCAUCAAAUUAGUAUUGACGUUCCUCGCACCAGCCCUCAUAUUCAACUCUACGGCUAUGAAGCUACACAACGCUCCUUGGAGCGAAUCCUCUAUGUCUGGGCCAUCCGACAUCCUGCCAGCGGUUAUGUACAAGGAAUCAAUGACCUUGUCACUCCAUUUUGGCAGGUUUUUCUCGGCAUGUACAUGACGGAUCUCAAUGUGGAAGAAGACAUGGAUCCAGGCCAAUUGCCGCGGAGUGUGCUCGAUGCUGUGGAGGCGGAUUCAUUCUGGUGCCUCACGAAACUUCUUGAUGGAAUUCAGGAUAAUUAUAUAUAUGCUCAACCGGGGAUUCACAGGCAAGUGAGAGCUUUGCGCGACCUGACCAUGCGUAUCGAUUCUACGCUCGCCAAACAUCUUGAAAACGAAGGAGUCGAAUUCAUGCAAUUCAGUUUCCGAUGGAUGAACUGCUUGCUGAUGCGGGAGAUGAGUGUCCAGAACACCAUACGGAUGUGGGACACCUACAUGGCUGAGGAGCAGGGCUUCUCGCGCUUCCACGUAUAUGUUUGCGCAGCGUUUCUCGUCAAGUGGUCAGACCAGUUGAUCAAAAUGGACUUUCAGGAAAUCAUGAUGUUCUUACAGGCACUUCCAACAAGGGACUGGACUGAAAAGGACAUUGAACUCCUACUCAGUGAAGCCUUUAUCUGGCAGAGUUUGUUCCAGGACUCCCGUGCGCAUCUACGCCCUGCUGGCGAUCGAUCUCCUGAGAACGGCCUGCAAUGA